UGCACACACACACACACACACACACACACACAUACACACAGAAAGACACAGAUAAUAGACUCAAUACGAACACAAACCCGCACGCGGGACCUAUAUAGACUUUAACGUCACGCACAUGCAACCCUAUGUGCUGGUGGCGUGAGGAGACAGCUGCUGGGGUUCGGGGAGCUCAGAGGAAGGUAGCAGUCUGUUGUGCGAACAGUAAACACUGUGUCCGUUUCAGAGCACAUGAGCACACACACACCCACAGUGUGGCAACACCACAUCUGUGUGUCAGCCAGUCAUUCUACAUUGCAACAGAACAAACCGGUCGGUGUGUGACUACAACAAAAAGCAUCGAGCUGGGACCUGGCUACUCGAUAUUCGUGUGUGUUUUUGUCGCCUGUAGCAUCAAAGCGAUAGUGAUCGGCAGCAACAUGGAAACUAUGGGUUGUCCCAUGGGUGGGGGGGCCACCAGACUGUACAGCAUCAUUGGCGGUGGAGGUCGUUCCCUCCCCCUCACGCCAGCCCACCUCGCCAGACAGAAUCCCCCCCCAGAGAGAGAGCCACAACCAUCCUCCUGCAAGGACUCCCAGGGGCCGCCCCAGCUUGACCCGGACCCCCUGGAGCAGCAGCUGCUCCGGGAGUGUGAGGAGGCCCUCAGGGGGCGCCCCCCGCGCUUCCACAGGCACCUGGUCCACUGCGGGGACGGGCAGCGGGCCCCCGGGGGCCCCAUCAGGGUGCUGCAGUGGAACAUACUGGCCCAAGCUCUGGGUGAGGGGGCCGACUGCUUCGUCCGCUGCCCCCCGGAGGCGCUGAGCUGGCCCGAGAGGAAGUACCUCAUCCUGGAGGAGAUCCUCACCUACAAACCCCACAUCCUGUGUCUGCAAGAGGUGGACCACUACCACGACACCUUCCAGCCCGUGCUGCGCAGCCUGGGCUACGGCGGCCACUUCUUCCCCAAGCCCUGGUCGCCGUGUCUGGACGUCCACGGCAACAACGGCCCCGACGGCUGCGCGCUCUUCUUCGACCAAUCGCGCUUCGAGCUUCUCGAGAGCGUGAGCGUGCGACUCUCUGCCAUGCUGAUUCCGACCAAUCAGAUCGCCGUGGUGACGAAGCUCCGCUGCCGCGCCACGGCCAGGUGCGUGUUCGUGGCGGUGACCCACCUCAAGGCCCGCAGCGGCUGGGAGCGCCUCCGCGGCGCCCAGGGCUCGGACCUCCUGGCCCACCUCCAGACCCUCCUCCACAAUCACAGGCACCCGCCCGGGACCACGGGCCCCCCGGACGCCGCCGCCCCCUCCCUGAUCGUCUGCGGCGAUUUCAACGCGGUGCCGGAGGAGGAGGUGUACCAGCGCUUCGCCUCGUCCCCGCUGCGCUUGGACUCGGCCUACAAGAAGCUGAGCCGAGACGGCGCCACGGAGCCGCCGUUUACGACGUGGAAGAUCCGCCCGAGCGGCGAGUGCUGCAGCACGCUGGACUACAUCUGGUACGGCCGGGACUCUCUGCAGGUGGAGGCCGUGCUGGACCUGCCCACCGAGGAGCAGAUCGGGCCGGACAGGCUGCCGUCCUUCCACUACCCGUCGGACCACCUCUCGCUGAUCUGUGAUUUCAGCUUCAAGGAGGAACGCUGAACACCUGACUGAUCAGACAGCUGGGGGGGAAGGGGGGGGAUCGGUGAACACCUGACUAGACACUCGACAGCGGGGAGGAGGGGAAAGUACAAAGUCACGGCUCAUCAGGGAUUUCCCCCAGAUGGCGAUUUGAAUAUUAUUGAGACAUAGGGACAGUCCCCUGCCCGUGAAGGAAAUGAUUGCAGUGGUAUGGAAAUAGCCAAUGGCGGGCAGUUCUAUCAAUGUAAUAAGAUGAUUCAAUAAAAUAACGAGUGAUAAAGUGAUCUGGUGAGUGCAGCCAUGGUGAAAUAUGUACCUUCUACUUUUGAGCCAGCCAAGCCCAGCUUCCCAGCCCAGGGAACGGGUCGACUGGAGAGGUCCUCUGGGGUCCCAGACACUGGAACCGCUCCGUGCUUCAUCUGCGUUUGGUUAUGUGUUAUAUGACCACUCCAGCAUGGUCGGCUACCCCCUGGUGGCCUGUCUCAACCCUCCCCCACCGAAAGGAAUACAUUUCCCCCCUUACAGCUGUGUGAACAGAGGUUAAAAUCAAACACAUUCUGUGAGUCAAAGUUUUGAGAAACCAUCUUAAAAGUUUUUAAACCAUUAAGAUGUACUGGUUUGACAACAUACACCAUCAUUGAUUUUACCUAUUUGGUUUCUUUCUGGAUUUCAAUGGAACAGAGACGUUCAGUUUUACUUGGCCAGCAUUUCCUCAUGUUAUAUUUAAACUAGUUUUAUAAGUUACUGGGAUUGUCCUUGUCAAGUCUGACAAGACUCACACUAGGUAUCCUGUAGUAUUAACAAAUCAAUAAAAACAGGAAUUAAGGAUUCAAAUGUCUUUAUAUCAUUAAAAUCUACAUGAAUACACUUUGAAACAAGAGUACAACAAAAUAGAAUAUACUUCAAAUGUUGAAUAUACAAACAGUUCAGUCUGAACAUCUUUCUCUCUUAUAUCCAGAUUUCGUUUUUUAAGAUUGCAGAAAAUGAGAGGAAAACAAAACCAAAAAAGAAAAUGUUAAAGGACUGAGUCUAAACAAGGUACAAAAGACCUCCCCUCUGAAGGAGGUAAACGUCAACUGGUUCUUACGCUGGCGUUAAUCAUUUUAGUGGUCGUCCGAUAAACAAAUAAGCUUAAUACAUCCAGGGGCCUGUCUUUGCAAAAUUCCAUAAGGCAAAAUUUCCCCUUUUUUUUUUUUAAACCACCGCCGUCAUGAAAUAAAACAUAUCAUUAUUAACCCUAAAUAAGUCCCAACGUAUGUGGUCGAUCCAAACCGUGCGCGGAUAAACUAAGUAGCGAGAUUCGACAGGGGGUGUUUUGUCUCCUUGUUAGAAAGAAAGAAGAUGGAUUUGUCCAAACUAAAACAAAAACUGGAGUCAGUACUAAUACUGUGCUUGGUACAAGUCAUGAAGGAAACAAUACUGUAGACAGUACACGGAAAAAGGUCAAAUUAAACUAAGGCUUUUUUUCUGUUAUCGUAAGUUUGUACAUUGUAUAGCAGAUAUAUAAUAUAUACACACGUGCACACAACGUUUAAGUUGGCUCUUGCUUCUCUGAAACGAUUGCGGGGCUUCGGCAGUGCCGGCCAGUCAGUCUGCGGGAGGCUUUCAGAGAGGCUUACGAACAAUAAUAUGCUGGUUUCGACAUUUGGUCAAAACCAAACCCUUUCUGUACAACAACCCAACGGCCUCGCAAACUACUAUAAACUCAUUGUUUGUUCUUUGCGCGUCAGUCGACAUUUUGGCUGGCUCCAACUAUUUCACCUCUUACUGUA